CAUGUCCAAAUGAAAAAUGCCAAACCGAGAAAGAAAAUCUACGACGUAUGACGAAAGCACAAGGGGCAUAACUCCACCCAUUUCGUCACCCAAAGUCCAAACAGAACUGGACCCACCGCAGCUAACCUGCGCAGGAGGCACAGAUCCAUCCUCCUCGUCCUCCAAUCCUCCGUCAAAGACUCAAAGGUUCUUGUAGGGUUGCAAUUGAACAGACCCCACAAACUCCUCUGCAACUUCAGCCUUUUCUUCUCUUCAUCAUGUCUGACACUUUUCGAUUUUACCCUUCUCUCACUCCCCUCCUACCCACAACCCCACGUGGUUCCUCGAGAAUUCUUCAGCAGUUCUCCAUUCCAGGCCUCUCGAUAUCUGAUUUUCCAAGAAAAUCUUUGAAUUUUCCCCAGAAAAUUGGUGUAAGUGGAGGGAAGGUCUGGGCAUUAGCAGCUUGGAACCAAGAAGGGCCUUUGCAGGACCUGGAUGAUUCGCCGGUGUCGGUUGAACUUAAGCCCAUUUCUAGUGAUACCCAGUUCGAUCGCAUUCUUGGCGAGGCCCAGCAGCUUGAAGAAUCCGUGGCCAUUGUUUGGAUGGCAACCUGGUGCAGAAAAUGUAUAUAUUUGAAACCCAAAUUGGAGAAAUUGGCAGCUGAAUACUAUCCAAGAUUGCGAUUUUACUGUGUUGAUGUCAAUACAGUUCCACACAAGCUUGUUGCUCGUGCCGCAGUCACUAAGAUGCCGACUAUACAGCUGUGGAAGGACAGCAAGAAGCAAGCCGAGGUAAUUGGAGGACACAAGGCAUAUUUUGUUGUUAACGAGCUUAAAUCUUGGGUGCCAAUGUCAUUAUCACCCAAGCUCGCCUUCAAACCUAGCCAGUCACAGUUAGAUCUGGAAGAAGUUGGUGAGGGAAGCGCCUAACUGUUGCUUUUGUUCCUGGCCUGCUUCAUGAUUAAUGGCUCAGUUAGAGGUCUGGGUUCUUAGUCAUAGUGCUUUGUGCUCUGCACAUUUUAGAUUGUAAAAUGCCUCAGCUACAAAAUGCUCUGGGAACAAUAGUAUUCCUUUGGGAUGUCAAUGUCUCUUUACAGAAAAAAACUAUAGAGGUUGUUCACUGCUGUUGCUCUUGCAACUGGAAAAGAUGAACAAUCUGAAUGGUUCUUUUCUUCAAAUGAAAAAUGUAGUUGCCAUCUCUCUUUUGUCAUUGAUGUAUCAAUGUUUCAAGGUGCAGACAAUGGUGUAUGACUAGUUUUUUAGGAUCUAUGUGACCCUCUAAGGAGGUUGCUACCUUAUAGGCUAGAAUAUUGACAAGGUCAUUCUCACA